AGGACAAACACGUUCACAGAGCUUAUCCAGAUGCACAUUAGAAGCUAAUUGGACUGGAAAGCUGGUGUUAGGACAUUACUCUGCUCUGGACAGGCAACGUUAAAGACACCAGCUGGUCACCUGACCCUGGCCAGUCUCAUGUGUAUUUAGCUUUAGUGAGGAGAGCUGAAACUAUUCCAAUAAUUGGGAAAUAACUCAAAAUGUAACCACCUUGCCAGUUUUUGAUAAACUACCAUUUUGGGUAUUUUCUUCAUCCAAUAAAAAGCUGGAAUGGGGGUGGAUUCCUUCCAAAUGCAGAGAUACAACUAGCUGGAAAUAAUUGAAUCUGGGAUUAUUCAAACUCUGGUAGCUGUGCUGCACAAGGCUCUCAAACCUCUCAACAUGAAUGUGAAAUGUGUGCUGUUCGUCUUUCUGGUUGGGAUGACAUGCAUCGACGUGAGCCGUGAGAAGCCAUCAUCGAUAAUGAACAGAUGCAAGUGCAGAGGAGGUACAUUGCGUCUUGGCCCGAACAGCAUUCAAAAGUUAACGGUUCUUCCGAUUCCAAACUGCCCCCUGCAAAUCAUAGCCACUCUGAAGAACAACGGUGACCAAAUCUGCAUUCAUCCCAAAACCAAGUGGCUCCGGUUCAGAAACAAAUAUCUGAAAUCGAAGAUGUAAAGGCUACUAAAGCCGUGCAGAUCCUGUAUGCUGAAGAAACUGAUUUAUAUUCCAUGAAGAUUGGGAUCUGGCACAGUUCAUCACUCAGUAACCAAGCAUUGAUAUUAUUUACCAGCUCAGUGAUAUUAUUUACCAGCUGAAUGUUAAUAACAACACACGCUGAGAAAUGCUUUCAGAUUCAGCUUAGCAACUAUCUUAUUAAGGCUUUCAUCCUCCACAUGCUAAUCUUAAGUUUGGACAUUUAAUAAAGAUGUACAAUGAUGAGCAUAAGUAUUGCAUGAGAAGACAAUGCCUUGGGCUAGUGUGGUUUGCUUGGGAUUUCUGACCUGCUGAGCAACUUACUUCCUUCACCCAAUAAUGUCCAUUUCCCCAGCUAUUCCAACUAAACCAUGGCCUCAGCCUGUAACAUCAGCUGUUUAUUCAUUUCUAUAAAUGCUGCUUGACCUGCUGAGUUCCUCCAUCAUUUUGCACGUGUUGCUCUGGAUUUCCAGCAUCUGCAGAAUCUCUUGGAUUCCAAUUAAACAUCACAAUUUCCUGACCAAAAGGGAGGAGACCUCCUCCCCUGACCUCCAUCCUGAGGUCAAUGAGUGAUCUCCCAUCACCAAUCAGGUCACAGGUGAUAGUGACAAUGGUCUUAAAUAUGGGGACCUAUCCAUCUGCCACCAGAGUCCCAGAAGGGAAUUCAUCAAAUUUAAAUGUUAAUCACACAUGAAAGUAAAUUAGCAAGGGGAAUAUGGGACAAGAAUACCAGUUGGUUUUGGCAAAGAGCUAUGAAUUAAAUUGAAUUGAAUUGAAUGAUCUUUAUUGACAUUAUACAUAGGUACAAUACUUUAAUAACAAAGAAAUCAUUGAUGUUUUCAACAUGGCAGGAUCUUGUGAGAUUUGUGGCAGAACUGUGCCAGGUGCCCUGGCGGCAGAGGAUGCAGACUGGGAAAGUGUAGUGAAAGCAGACAAGGCAAAUCAUUGGAGUGUGAUUAGUAGAUGGUAUAAACUGCAGCCACUGUGCGCUGGUGGUGGAGGAUACAAGUGACAAUCCUGUGACAACAGAUAUUGCUUUGCGCUGGAUGGCGUUAGGCUCCUGUGGCUUUUGGGAAAUCCACUCAUCCCAGCAUGGGUGGUGGGGUGGAGUUAUGUUUCUAUCAAAGAAGGUGUAAGGUGUUCCUUACCUCUAUUAGCCUGCAGGUGACCCUUGGACAAGGCGUAGCACCUGCUUAGCCCCUGAUCAGGGUCAUGUGCAGCAUGGGAGUAGGUAGUGGAUGGUUGGAUGAGCAGUUGAUGCAUAUCACAAGUUGUGGUUAUGUAACCACUGAAGCCAGCUAGACAAUCUCUGGAGAGUAUUGAUAAUGGCUGGAUUGCCCAUCUUGUAAAGACAAUGCCCAGAUGAAGCAAAAAACUUCUGUAGAAAAAUUUGCUGAGAUCAAUCGUGGUCAUGAGACCAUGAUCUCCCACAUCACAUGACAUGGCACAUAAUGAUGAUGUCAUACAACACUGCACAUAAUGAUGAUGAUGAUGACGACUCUCCCCAGCAAGCGCAGAAUGUUCUAUCAUACCCCAACUUGUGUCUCGUAGAUGAUGGAAAGAAUUUGGGUUUCCAAGAUAUGAGUCAUUUGAGGUGAGAUACCUAGCCUUUGACCAACUAUUUAAGCAUUGAUAUUUAUGUGAACGGUACAGUGGAGUUCUGGUUAAUGGUGACACCAGGAUAUUGAUACUGGGGGCUUGGUUGCCGUGAUAUCAUUGAAUAUCAAGGGCUGGUACUUAGACUGUCCCUUGUGGGAGGUGAUUAUUGCCCAAACACUUUUGUAGUGAUUAUGUUGCUUUGCCACUUAUCUCACCUAGUCUGAGUGUUAUCUGGGCCGUGCUGCAUGCUAGCACAGGCUGCUGAAGAGUUACAAUUGGGCUUAAACCCUAUGACUAACCUCUCACCUUAAAUGGAGAGUCGCAUGUAUCAUUCCACAGUGAGGUGUUGGCGCCAAGAGGGAAAUGAUACAUCGGUCCCUGUGGACCGGCUAAAGAGACUCAGCAGGAAGAAUAAACAUAAUAGCAGCCACCAGCUGGACCAAAAAAACAUUAGCACACUAAAAAUGGUCAUGAGAGUAAAUCUGUUAGUGCAUCUCACAACACACAAACUUUCCUUGAAAAAUGUAGAGUGAAAUACACAUUCCACAUAAGUUACAACUUUCAGAAUAAUUCAUACUCAUUUUCCUUUGCUGAACAUUUUCUUUUGAAGAAUCCCUGUUGCACAAUGAUACAUCUCAGUGUUUGUUCAGCUCAGUGACCAGAUGCCCAUCUCUGAAUCAGAAGAUGUUUUGGGCUCAUGUCUGUACUCUGGUGCUAAGUUCAUCAAGCUGGACCUUAUCUAGUGUUGGACAGAGAUGAACCCUAUCAGCCCAUUGAUACACCCAAUGAUAUUCUCCUGAAAACUCUGACCCACGGUCGAAUAUUCUGCAGGAGAUGGAAUGUUAUGUUGAAGUUGUAUAAGAUAUCGGUGAGGUCUAAUUGGGAAGAUUGUGUGCAGUUUUGGUUUCCUGCCUACAGGAAAGAUGUAAAUAAGGUUGAAAGAGUGCAGAGAAAAUUUAUGAGGAUGUUGGCAGGUCUGGAGGACCUGAGUUAUAAGGAAGGACUUUAUUCCUUAAAAUGUAAAAGACUGAGAGGAGAUUUGACUGAGGUCUACAAAAUUAUGUGGGGUGUAGAUAAGCAAAAGAAGCAGGCCUUUCCCACUGAGAUUGGAGGUCAUGGCUUAAGGCUGAAAGAUGAAAAGUUUAAGGGGAACAUGAGGGGCAACUUGUUCACUCAGAUGGUCGUGAGAGUGUGGAAUGAGCUGCUCGUGCAAGUGGUGCACACAAAGUCUAUUUUAACAUUUAAGAGAAGUUUGGAUAGGUAAAUGGAUGGCUGGAGUAUGGAGGUCAAUGGUCCAGUGCAGGCCGAUGGGAGUAGGCAGUUCUAAUGGCUUAGCAUGGAGUAGAAGGGGCAAAGGGCCUGUUUCUAUGCUGUACUUUUCUAUGACUCUAAUCUGUCUGUCUCCUCAUGACCCCUUGAAGAUUCCUAAUGCAUUCAUUGUCUUUGCGAGUUAGUUCGUUGGACACACACUGCCUUUGGUGGCUUUCUGAAUUGAAGAAAGACGUUUAUGCAGACUGCAAACUGAGGAAAACACUUGCCAAACAUUUUGUGAAGAAAUAAGACAAGAGUAAUUAGUGACAAACAUCAUGCAAAAAGAAACAUUUAAGCAAGUUCAGAUAUACUUAAAACCGUUCACUCAAAUUUCUUAAAGGAAAACUACUAGCAAUAACCUAUAGGCUAUGAAUAUACAUUCAGUUUUAUUAAACAAUAUCAAUGUUCUGGAUGAUGGGUACAUAUAUUUAGUGUAUUUUGUUACAGGGUGGUCUAAAUAAAAACUGAAUUACUUCUGGAAAUGAGUAUGGAGGACCCAAGGGAAGGAUUGCAUUCUGUAUGUCACUCAUUAUAAACAUAAGACCCAUACAAUGGGGCUGAUUUCUCUCUCUUACCUAAUGAUCUGUAUCAGCUAUUGAUUUUGCCCUUGAAUAUUCUGCAUUGUUUUCCAAAUAUUUCACAAAUACAGUAAUGUGCAGUAAUUGCAGAUUCCGAAGCCUUUCUGUCUGACAGCAUUCCCGGGCCAGGAUCGCUCAUUGUAACACAAUACAAUGCUAUUUUGAAAGGCUCCUCAUAAUUUGUUCUAAAAUUACGGAGUCUUUGUGCCUGCUCCCAGGAGCUCAGUUCACUUUGUUUGUUUGAUUUCCUGCCCCCAGUCUGCAACCACUGCAAAGCAAAGUGCCAAAUUUGUGGAAGUUUUCAUUCCUCUGCUAAACUCCAGAAAAUGUGAAAAGAAAUGUUUAAAGUUCAAAGUAAAUUUAUUCUCAAAGUUCAGAUAUGUUAUCAUAUACAAUGCUGAGAUUCAUUUUCUUGCAAGCAUUCACCGUAAAUACGAAGAAACGCAAUAGAAUCAAUGAAAAACUGCACACGAGGACAAGCAACAACGUGCAAAUACAAAAGAAAAAAACAAAAUAAUCAAAAUAAUAAACAAAAAUAAUAAAUAUAGAGAAUAUAAGAUGAAGAGACCUUGAAAGUGAGUCCAUAGGUUGUGGAAAUAGUUCAGAGAUGGGAGCGAGUGAAUUUGAAUGAAAUUAUCCUCUCUGGUUCAAGAGCCAGGCUGAGGGAUAUCUAUUUCACAAAAGUUAUAAAAUACGGACAUUAUUAUAUAUUGUUUUGCAAUUGUUAUACAAAUAAAAGCAUAUUUAAUUUACCUUUA